AUGCUUUUUAUGAAAUUAAAAAAAGAAAAAGAAAAACUAAAUAUUAUCACUACUCAAAAUAAUAUUCAAGAAAUUUUACUAUAUAAUGGUAAUAAAUAUCAUAUGACUAUUCAAGAUAAAGUCAAUAAUAAUACUAUUAAUAAAAUCGAAGAAAUUAUUGAAACUGGCUAA